UUCUUCAGUCCUUAAACCCUUGCUCAUUUCUCACAGUCUCUUCUAUCUCUUCUUCCCUUCCUAACCAUCCUAUUUACCUUUCCUAAAAGAGCUUUAACUCACUUUAAUGGAGAGAAAGAGCAGGUGUUAAACAUCUGCAGCUGUCUGAUUUGCUAGCUCUUGAUAUUUCAGAGCUCUUCUCCUGGAAUUCAGGAGGUAGAAGAUGAUGAUGAUGGCAGAGAUGGUGGAUCAUAAAAGAAGAAGCUGCAAUAGCUUUGUUCUCAGCAACUUGACUGCCGAGAAGAGGCGCAGAGGUGGAGAUGGUGGAGGAGCUGCCAUGUCUACCAAGGAGAAGAAGGAUAAGAUCGGAGAAAGAGUAGCAAAGCUUCAGCAACUGGUUUCCCCUUUUGGCAAGACAGACACAGCUUCUGUGCUUGCAGAGGCCACUUCCUACAUCAACUUCCUCCAUGAACAACUUCAUGUGCUGAGUGCUCCUUAUCUUGGGACAGCAGUCACAGGGAAUGUGGAAGAAGGUGAUUAUUACAGUUUGAGAAGGCGCGGUCUCUGCCUCGUGCCGAUCGCAUCGACGCAGAAGCUUGCUCAAAGCAAUGGGGCUGAUUUGUGGGCACCAGUGAACUCAAGCACAAGGCCAUCCAAUAUCUGAAAUUAAACAACAGCAGGAACUAGUAGUGUUGAUUAAUUUGUGUUUGGCUUAGAUAUAUUUGCUGAUUAACUCCAUUCAUUUCCCCUAUUGACCAGAGAGAAUUCAUUGGAAUGUAACCAGUCAUAGCAUCAGUCUUGCAGUUAUAUAUGUAUAUAAUUGCAGGAAGCACUGGAUGCAGUAUAUGAUUAUAUUGAAGACUGCAGCUUGGUUUCA